AUGAGUCUAGUACUCGGGGAUAAACGAGACGGAAGACGCCCACAACCACACCCUAUUGGUAUGUUUCUUAGACUGGAUACGGUGGUCGGAAGGAUACUACUAUACUUAUUUCUGUUCUUCACGGUGUACCGAUGGUGCGAGUGUGACGUCAUCCGAAUAGGGUACAUCACGGGGUCGGAGAGACACCCCGGACACAACGUCAGCCUGUACGGACGUCCAGGGCAAGCUAUUUCCGGCGCCAUCACGUAUGCCGUGCACCAGAUUAACAUGAACACGACAAUACUUCCAAACCACACCCUGGAUUUUAUCAUUGCCGAGACCUAUGGUAUGGAGAACCACAGCAUCAAGGAGACUGUCUUACUUUUGGACAAAAACAUAUCUGUGUACAUCGGACCACAGGAGUCGUGCGUCAAUGAAGGACGGAUAGCUGCGUCAUUCAACGUGCCUAUGAUAUCAUAUUUUUGCUCUGAGACUGAAGUGAGCGAUAAGAAUCUUUACCCGACAUUCGCCCGCACGAAGCCAACCGAUUCGCAGAUCUCCAAGAAUGUAGUCUCGAUUCUCAAGAUGUUUAACUGGACCAAAGUGACCUUUGUCUACAGCAGCAGCGAGGUUUAUCAGCACACGGCGGUUGCCAUAUGUGAUCUUCUGGAGUACUGGGGCAUCACCGUAUCCUUCAAGAAGGUGUACAAAGGUCCGUACUUCCACAAGCACGCCGAGAACCCAUUCAUCAAGAUUGUCAGCGAAACCAGAACCGACACACGAAUCUACGUUAUGCUCGGUGCCAUUUACGAGUUCGUGGGUCUAAUGGAUCACCUUCACGAAAUUGGCCUCCUCGACAGUGGAGAAUAUUUUGUUGUCGGUGUACAUACUGGUGAAUACGACCCAAAUAACCCACAGGCAUUUCUUGAAGGUAUUUUUCAAGACGAGGUCACCCGUCGAAGUGUUGCCGCUUUCCGCCAUUUUGUGGGCGUGGUUACGUCUCCUCCAGUGAAAUCAGAGUAUUCCAGGUUUACGGAGAUAGUGAACGCCUACUUGGAAGCUCCGCCUUUUAACUACACAAACCCUUACAAACAUCUAGGAGCAGGAAAAAAGAUCAAACACGAGGCAUCUUACCUCUACGACGCAGUGUGGCUAUACGCACAAGCCGUAGACAAGAUUUUACAAGAGGGUGGAGACAUAAACGACGGACGGGCAAUAUUCGGCAAAAUUAAAGGACAUACUUACAAAAGUGCGAUGGGAUACAUCAGCCGCAUCAACGACAACGGCGACGCCGAGGGGAACUUUUCACUCGUGGCACGACGUGAGAUGCCGUCUGCUGACGGCGACUGGGGCAUGUAUCCAGUCGGAGUGUUUCGUCUCAACACAAACUUGUCUAUACUUCCGACAUUCCAUUUCUAUGAAGGCGAAAGUAUUCAUUGGAUAUCUGGUGUACCACCACUUGAUGAACCUGUUUGUGGAUAUAGAUUCGAGCGGUGUAUUCCACGUAAAACAUAUACAAAAGAGAUUCUCGGAGGUGUUGCUGGAGGGAUAUUAUUAAUAGCUAUAAUAGCAGGCCAGCUAAUAUAUAGGAACUGGAGAUAUGAGCAAGCGUUGGCAUCCCUGUUGUGGAAGAUUGAUUGUAAAGACUUGGUGUUUCGCAACAUGUACCCGUCAUACAACGGACCGAGAACAAAGAAAAAAAAAAUGAUGAAAAAAGGGAGCUUGUACGUCUGUUUUUCUGUUAACAGUUUACGUUGUGACAAUGUUUUAUUAAUCACUGGAUACAUUUUAAAUUAUAUUUCUUGUUGUUUUUCUCUUUUUCAGUGCAACUCGUUAUGUCGCAGCACGAGUCAGAUCUCUCUGACGUCUCAGUGUGAACUAGACCUCCGACAGCUGUUCACACAUGUCGGGACUUACAAAGGAACUAUCGUCGCCAUUCGGAAGGUGAACAAGAAAAGUAUUGAGCUCAGCAGAGAAAUUCGCAAGGAACUGAAAAUAAUGCGAGACAUGCGACACGACAACAUCAAUACGUUUGUCGGGGCCUGUAUUGACGCUCCAAACAUCUUUAUAAUUACAGCUUACUGCGCCAAAGGGAGUCUACAGGAUAUUCUUGAAAAUGAAGACAUGCAGCUGGAUUCUAUGUUUAUAGCGUCUUUAAUAUUCGACAUCGUGCGGGGUAUGAUCUACCUGCACGAAAGCGAGAUUCGUUCUCACGGGAAGCUCAAGUCGUCCAACUGUGUGGUGGACAGUCGGUGGGUGUUGAAGAUCACAGACUUUGGACUGCACGAGUUCGUGUCUGGGGCGGAGGACGAUCUGGGAGAACAUGCUUUAUACAGAAAUAUGCAAUGGCGGGCUCCUGAAUUAUUACGUCAUAAGAAUCCUCCGGCUCGUGGUACCCAAGAAGGAGAUGUUUACUCCUUUGCAAUCAUCAUGUUUGAGAUCCACUGUAGAAAAGGACCAUUCGGCAAUAUAGACCUCUCUCCUAAAGAAAUCAUUGAACGAGUACGAACAUGCCCGGACGACGUACCGUUCCGUCCCCACCUAUCGGAGCUGAGCUCGACUCCCGCGUUCAUCAUCGACAUCAUCAAAGAGUGCUGGGACGAGGACCCGCUCAAGAGACCAAUCUUCAAAGUGAUCAGAACCAAACUCAAACCUAUGCAGAAGGGGAUGAAAUCCAACAUAUUUGACAACAUGCUGGCUAUAAUGGAGAAAUACGCGGACAACCUGGAGGCUUUGGUGGAAGACCGAACAGACCAGCUUAUCGAAGAAAAGAAGAAAACAGAGGAACUGCUCUACCAAAUGUUACCAAGGCCCGUGGCGGAACAGCUGAUGAUAGGUAAAAAGGUGGAGGCGGAGGCGUACGACAGUGUUACCAUAUACUUCAGUGACAUAUGCGGCUUCACACAGAUGUCGUCGGAAAGUACACCGAUGCAGGUGAUCGAUCUGCUGAACGACCUGUACACGCUGUUCGACUCGACGAUCGAGUUCUACGACGUGUACAAAGUGGAGACGAUCGGCGACGCGUACAUGGUGGUCAGCGGCCUGCCCAACAGGAACGGCAUCGCCCACGCCGGGGAGAUCGCAUCCAUGUCCAUCCACCUGCUCGAGUCCAUCAAGCGGUUCCGGAUCCGACACCGCCCGACCGACACCCUGAGUCUGAGGAUCGGGAUCCACUCCGGCUCGUGCGUCGCCGGGGUGGUCGGGCUGAAGAUGCCGAGGUACUGUCUGUUCGGUGAUACGGUGAACACGGCGUCGAGGAUGGAGUCUAGUGGCUCUGCUCUGAAAGUUCAUUGUUCUAAUAAAUGUAAAGACAUGCUGGAGAAAAUUGGUGGAUAUCAACUUGAAGAACGAGGAUUUAUUCCGCUUAAGGGAAAAGGUGAAAUGCAGACCUUCUGGCUGGUUGGUGAAGACGAAGGCAAGCGUGUUGAACGAUUCAGGGGUUAUUCCCCUUCUAUGGGAAUGACGUCAAUGUCUUCGGUGUCGUCAUUCAAGAGGAGGUCAAAAGGAAGCAUUAAAUUAAACCAUGCGUUUGUGAAAAAUUCAUCUGGUUCUCCCAUACAGGAGAAAACCGUACCAAACGGAACGACCACUGGUGUAACCACCCCAUUAUUUCUUCAUCCGCAUGGAUUUCUCUCAGGACCUUCCAGUGCUGAUCUUCUAAGAAGGUCGUCGUCAAGGCGACGGAGGUUAAAGUUCACAGUCAGCGAAAGCGAGGACGACAGGUGCAGUCAGAGCGAAGUAGACUUUCCAAAGUCCCCUGUCAGUGUGAUGGAAACCACACCCCUGAUUUCGCGCAGGUUCGACGAAGGGGAAGAGGUUGUGUGUUACCCCAGCUGCACGAGUCCUGUGUAGCGGUGCUUUUCAGGGGCGUAACAGGUGUAAACGUGACGUGUUAGCAAUGAGCGGCGGUGCAGGGGUGGGGCGUGGUUCUUGGAGCAUACCUCACGGUUUUCGUUUUCUUUUUUCUUUUGUAAAUUGAAUAAAUGGCAACUACGUUCCUGUUUUCAGACAAAAAAAACCCACACAAACGAAGAACAUCCCGUGAUAUUGUUAUAUAUGUGUAUAUAUUCGGAAUUAAUACACUCUGUAUAUAUUGUUUAAUACAUUAUAUAUUAUGUAUAUAUUAGGUGAAACUAACCAAAAAAGUGUGAAAAAGAAACAAACACUGUAAGUACUGAAAGAAAACGGCAAUAUUUGCUAAAAUAAUUAAAGGGACAUUCCUGAGUUUGCUGCAUUGUAAGAUGCUUCCGACUAAUAAAAUAUUUCUACGAUUAAAUUUGCAUAUUAAAUAUAUGUUCUUGU